GGGAAAAUUUGGCAAAUAGUUUUUAUUAUUUGGUCAUAGAUUUUUCAAAUAAUAUUUGGGGAAAAAUUUGGCAAAUAGUUUUUAUUAUUUGGUCAUAGAUUUUUUAAAUCAUAUUUGGGGGAAAAUUUGGCAAAUAGUUUUUAUUAUUUGGUCAUAGAUUUUUCAAAUAACAUUUGGGGGAAAAUUUGGCAAAUAGUUUUUAUCCAUAUAAUUUGCCAUUAUUUGGUAAAUGUUUUUGACAAAUAUCUCAAAUGCUAUAAUACUAGUUUUUUUUUUUUUUUUUUUUUAUAUAUAUAUAUUUGGGUCAAAUUUCAUUGGAAUCUUUUGAAAAUUAAAAUUUUAUAUCAAUUUUUUAUUAUUUUACAAAAAAUCAUCUAUAGUAUUUGUUUGCUUUGUACUACAUUAUUUUUUUAUGUGAAUAUCAAAGUAGUAAUGAAAUAGUCUGUGAAUAUGAAAGGAAUAAUAUGGUGGUUGAUGAAAAUGAUAAAUAAUCAUCUUAGGGUAUACUUUGUUACUUCACGAUGUAUGGAAUGAUGUCUGUUGUAUUCACUCCAAACUACCACGUUGCUUCAGUGUCAUGGACGCUACAUAUGAUAUUUGUUGCAUCAAAAAUUCAAUUGACUUAUAAUACAAAUUUAUGGUUAGUUUUGAUAGUUUUUAAAACUUAUGAAUAUAAAUAAUAUUUUUCUAAAAAAGUGAAAUAUAUUUCUCAAAUUUCUGAUUUUCUCGACGCACAAUUUCAAAUAAUGAUUUCAAAAAAUAAUAAGCACUAUAUUAAGUACUUAAAGGUUGCUAUUCUUUUAUGAGAAAAAAAUCACUAAUCAUUGAUUGACAACAAUUUUCUAAAAUAUGUGUUGUUCCUGCGUCUCUUGGGGGACAGAAUGGCUAAGCUGACAUGACACUCAACUACAAGUUGUAAUCGAAUAUUCUUUCAAAAACCAAUGGCCCAUGGCUAUGAAUUUCGCAUGUAAAAGUAAAAAUUCAUUUUUUUUAUUUAUGACUUUUAUAAACUUUUUCUGCUGUCAAGGAUUAUUGAAUAUAUAUUAACAAAUAAAGCUCAGCACAAUGAUUUCGUAAUUCUUUUACAAAUUUGUUUUUUAAUUUUAUAUUUAUUUAUGAGAUAUAUUUAUCCAUAGAUAUAAAAUAAUUUUCCUCUACUCCAUUUGUAGAACAAAGUAUUUUAAAAGGUGAGGGCGUAAGUUAAGACGUUUAAUACAUUGCGGAACAAGGCGUAAGCCAUGAGAAAUGGGACAUAUGUCCCAUGGAUUUAUGGGGCGUAGUCUUAUGUAUAUUCAAUUUUAUAGUUUUGUUAUUAUUAAUAGAAUAGGUAAAAGUAAACUUUUCAAUGAUUUGUGAUUUUUAUUUGAGAUAAGUAUCAAUAAUCAAUAAUGAAGAAAAAAACAUUACAAUUAUUAUUUGUGAAAUAGCAUUACACCAAUACUAAAAAUAUGAUUUAAAGAAAAAACAAAUUACCAAUAUUCGGGAGUAACAUUAGAAAAAAUGCUUUUGAAAACACCGUGUAAAGAUAUUAUUUUUAUCCUUAAAGAAGUAUUUUGAUGGUAAUAAUAUAAAAAGUUGGAUACAUUUAUGAUAAACUUAAAUUCUUUGUUUAAUAAAAACUUAUAAAUCUUGCUAAUUUGAGUUCCUUUGGUUGGUGGGUGAGGGAAUUGCAUAUCCUAAACUCAAAAUUGCUAAUUCUUUGUGAGAAUCUAACAUUUUUGUAAAAUUUUGAACUAUAUGUUAUUGGAUUUCAAGAACUCCAAAAAAAAGCAAAAUUCUGUUUAAAAAUCAGUGUGUUUAGACGAAUUUGUAUAAAAUCAAGCGAUUGCCGGUGAUAUGAAAUUCGGGAAAGAAUUCAGCAUCCAUUUGGAAGAAACCCUACCUGAAUGGAGGGAUAAAUACUUGUGUUACAAGCCGUUGAAGAAGCUUAUCAAGCACAUCCCUUCUUCCACCGCCGAUAAUACACCUCCGUUACCGCCGCUGCCGCCGGCGACGGCAGCCGCGACGGAGCUACAGGAUUGGUUUAUCAGAAUUCUCAAUGAGGAACUCGACAAGUUCAACGAUUUCUACGUGGAUAAAGAAGAAGACUUCAUUAUCCGUUUCCAGGAACUGAAGGAAAGAAUUGAACGUGUGAAGGAGAAGAGCGACAAAGAUGGAGUUCUUGCAACAAACAAUGAAUUCAGUGAAGAAAUGAUGAACAUCCGUAAAGACUUUGUUUCCAUACACGGGGAGAUGGUUCUUAUUAAAAAUUAUAGCUCAUUAAAUUUGGCAGGACUUGUUAAGAUAUUGAAGAAGUAUGACAAACGAACUGGGGGAUUGUUGCGUCUUCCUUUUACACAAGUCGCACUUCAUCAGCCGAUCUUUACUACGGAACCUCUGACGAGAUUAGUCCAUGAGUGUGAGGCUAAUCUUGAGGUCCUAUUUCCUUUGGAAGCAGAAGUUGUUGAAUCAGCUGUCCCUGCAGAUGAACAGAUUGGAGCAACUACUUCUUAUGCUUCCAAUGUUCUCCCUGAUACAACAUUUCCACAGGGGGAAGAAAAUGGGGAUAUAUACCGAAGCACGCUAGCUGCAAUAAGAGCCAUUCAGGGACUAAAGAAAGCAAGCUCAACACAUAACCCGCUGUCAUUUUCAUCUAAUUCUGGGAACCAAGAUAAUGAUAGCCCAGGUGCUGUAACAGCAGAAGACUCCGAUUCUGACUCAUUGGUUGCCUCUCAGAAUGGUGAAGAGAUGAAUCGUGAAGUUUCCAGUUCACCAAAAUAGAGUUGACUGAUCUUGUUUUGUUUUGUUCAUUAUGUAGUGUAGUGCUAAAACUGUGCACUUUCUGUGUUGUGUGCUAUAGGUCUGAAUAACUGCUUACCCAAUCAAUAAUAUAAAGAAAUUAACUUUAAA